GCCCUUGAAGUUGAACAGAGUCAUACUUCUUCAAUUUACAAUCCGCCCCCUUUUUCCCGCCCCCUUUCCGACCGCCGUGCACACUGCACACACUUCUCCCAAAUGUCAAUCUCCGCCGCCCUAGACCGGGCUCUGUUCAAGGACAAAGACGGCGGCGGCGGCGGCCGCACCACCAUCGUCACGGAGCGAUUCAAAAGCUUCUUAAUCUGGCAGGUUCUGCAAUCAACCUUCCUACUCUUCAUUUUCAAAACCCUCUUCUUUUCCCCCUUCACCACAAACCCUUUCACUCCCAUUUUCUUCUCCUUCAUCUCUCUCCUUCUAUUCCACCUCUCUCUAACCACCUUCGCAGCUCUCCUCUUCUUCGUCUCUUCCCCUCACGCGCUGCCGUACGCUUCCCCUCUCGAGAUAUCACUCUCCUUCGUCCGCUUGAUUUUUGUGUCUGGUGGCGAGCAGAGUUUGUUGAGGAAGAGGGUUGGGGUUUCGUUUUGCUUCGUGGUGUUCGUAGCCCUCUGCGCUGCCUCCGGGGCGGUGGCGGUGGUUUGUGCGUGCUGGGCGUGUGAUGUUUAUUCUAGUAUCGAUUCGACUUCGAAUUGGGUUGCUGUUUUGGGGAAUUUGGGAUUUAGGGGUUUUCUGAUCGGCAUGUUCUAUGGGUUGCAUUAUGUUUAUCACCACCGCUGGGUCUUGCGUUUUCCUAUUGUUCAGCGUCCUCCUUUCUUCAGCUUGAAGAUGGGGCUUCCUUCAUCUAUCGGACAGGCUUUAAGGUUCUCUGCUGUCGGCUAUGUAUUAUCAGGGGUACUUGCUUUUUUCCUGCCUACUGAGUACAGAAAUCGGGGUUCGGUGGGAUUGCUCAUAGCUGAGCAGAUCAUUUUCUACAUCGGCAGUUUUUUCGUAAUUCUUUGUUGGGAACUCAGUCAUCAUUUACACCAGGUACUGCAUACCAAGAGGGUUGUAUUUGCGCCUCUAAAAGGAUCAGCAGCUGCAGAAACAAACCCGAGCGAGUCUCUUUUAGCUACACUAGAGGAAAGCACACCAAAGUCACUUUUGCAGUACCUUGCUUACCUCGAUCUCUGUAUGGUAUGUGAGAACAAUGUCGAUACAUGGCGAAGAGCUGCGUUCUUUGAAGAGACGGGCGAUACGUAUACAAGAGUUGUAGAUGCAUGCAUGCAGCCUCUGAAAGAGUUCAUUCAACAACUGGCUGAUGGUUUGGAGAGCUCUUCAGCUGAAAAGUCAAUGGUGCAAUUAUCUGAUCAGUUGAGCUCGCCCGCUGAGCGGCUUGCGGUUUCGAAACUCUCUGAAUCGUUUUUCGACUCCCAGCUCUGUGCAUGGUCUGCCCGAAUCAUUGCUUCACUGACCGCACGGUCACACAAGGAAGACAAAUUUGGCGUCGCCCAACUCUCGGGCAGCAAUGCAACUGUAAUCUCGACAUUGCUGUCUACUUUGUUAGCUGUCGAAACUCUCAUGGGGAAAAAGACAAACAUUCAGUCCUCGAAUUUCAUGGGCCCUGCUGGAAUCAAGUGGGCCACGGUGAACACUGGGAGAAGAGAGUCCACAGCUAGUGCCAUGGGCAAAAUAAGAGGGAGCCCUCUUUAUGCGAAAGCGUUUUCAUUGGCUGAUAUACUUAGAACUUCGAUUUACUCGAUUGUCUCUGCUUUUCACGGUGAGAUGAUGAACAGUGAGAAAGCGGGACUUCUUGAGAAAGAUUGGAUCGUUAGCGGUAAACCUCUUUAUGGAACUAACGAGCUUCUUCUGCACAAAUUGAGACUUUUCUUGGAUUUCCAGGCGAGUUAGCUUCUUCUCUAUUGGUUGUGCCUCGACGAUAUUUUUUUUUUUUUUUUUAACUUGAGACAUAUUUUUGCCUUGGAAGUACUAAACGCUAGGAGAAUUUGUAUCAAAAAGACAAACCUUGGUAGUUUUUUUUUUUCUUUUUUUUUUGUGCGAAUAUAUUGUACCGUUGUGUAAGAUUUCUAGAAGAAUCGGGAAAAAAAUGGUUCGUCACUUUGAGAUUGGAAGAUUUAUGUGUUCGAGUUGAAGUAAUUAUUUUCUUAUGCAGACUUGGAGUUGGUUCUUUAA